AUGUCGUCCUUUGCUGCCGGAGAUGAGAGUGUCUUCGAGCGUCUGCAACAGCGCGCAGACCCCAAGGUGCAAGAAGAGCAGCAGCAAGCCGUGAAUGAGCGCAUGCAAGCUAUUUACCAGAAGGCACAAAACCGCCUGGGGGAAUUGAUCGACGAGAACUCCACCCUACCAUGCACUAUCUCUUCUGUGCAAGUCACCAAUGCCCCCCAUACUCGCCGAAGCUUCCUUGAGCGCAGCUUGAAUCCGCUUUUGAGUGCCAACAAGGGUCGCCCUUAUACUUUGGCUGAGGCAUUGCGGGAAGUAUCGGCUACCGCUGAUAAGCUUAGUCGAUUCGACUUGUUCCACCAGCCCAUCUCAGUCUACUUGGACGAGUCCAAGGGCCAAAAUGGAAUGCGCAACAUUGACGUGUACCUGGCCACGCGCGAGAAGUCCCGCGUGCUGCUGAAGACCGGAACCGAUCUUGGGAACGCUGAAGGCUCAGCAUACGGUAACCUUCUUUGGCGUAAUGUCUUUGGUGGUGCUGAGACUUUGAACCUAAACGCCUCUCUGGGUACCCGCACGCGAUCUGCUUACCAGGCUGCCUUCGAGACUCCCAUCUUGGGCGAUCCUGAUUUCCGCCUGGAAUUCGGUGGUAUUGCCAGCUCCACCCAUAAGUCUUGGGCAAGCCAUGAAGAGGUGUUGAAGGGUGGCUGGAGCAAGCUUCGUUGGAUGUCCAAGGCGGGCCACCGCCAUGAGUUGGGUUACAACGGGUUCUGGAGACAGGUAACUGGUCUCGCCGAAAAUGCUUCUCCGACUGUCCGCGCGGAUGCAGGAGACAGUGUGAAGAGUAGCAUCUUCCACAGCUGGGUCAAUGAUCAGCGUGAUAAUGCCCUUCUCCCGUCCCGCGGCUACUACGCCAAGGUCUUCAACGAGCUGGCUGGAUUUGGUCCUCUCAAGGGUGAUGUUUCCUUCUUCAAGUCCGAGAUCGAGACACAAGGUGCUGUUCCCAUCCCUAUUCCUGGAAUUAAAGGAGAUAGCGGUGUCAGCUUCACUACUGGAUUCCGUGCCGGCCUUCUCUACCCCCUUGGACUUGAAUCCAACUCCCGCCCUCAACUCUCCCGAGUGAACGAUCGUUUCCAGCUUGGAGGACCUACCGAUGUCCGUGGAUUCCGUCUCUGUGGUCUUGGUCCCCGUGAGGGAGUCGACUCCCUCGGUGGAGAUGUAUACGCUGCUGGCAGUGCCAACCUGCUGUUCCCUCUCCCCCGCCUCGGAGCUGAAAAGCCCGUUCGUUUCCAGGCUUUCCUGAACGGUGGCCGUCUGCUUCCCUUGCAAACCUCGCAGAAAGCCGCACCUACCACUAAUGGCGAGGUGCAGAAUGCCAUGGUCUCUACUCUCUCUGAACUCCAAAACGGUCUGCCCAGUGUGGCAGCAGGAUUUGGUAUCGUUUAUGCCCACCCUGUCGCUCGCUUCGAGUUGAACUUCUCCUUGCCUCUGGUGUUGCGGAAGGGCGAAGAAGGCCGCAAAGGACUGCAGCUGGGCAUUGGCAUCAAUUUCCUUUAA